AUGGCUGCCGCCAACGAAGGCGAAAUGGAUUGUGUUCGACUUCUACUGGAGCAUGGAGCGGAUGUGAAUCUGUGUAGACGCUUGGACGAGGACGGGAGCCUGCUCACCGCACUCAGCUCCGCCUGCGAACGUCCCUUAUGGAACGGGUAUUACUCAUUCCUGAAUCCGGAAGACGUGGCAAGUUGUCUCGUCAGUGCCGGAGCAAACGUGAACCUUGGGGAUCCGACUCCACUUGAUUGGGCUCUGGAGUAUCAUACGGCCUUUGGAUUGGUCAAGUUUCUUCUCAGGGCUGGAGCACACAUAUCAAGAGUAAAUGACGAGACCAUCUCCGGGCUGGCAGGCAAAGCUCUCGGCGUGGGGUCCUUUCACUCGUGGGAGUACCGGCAGCCAACAGACAAGCUCCAGCUCCUACAAAAAAAGGCUGCAAGAGAAGCCAAAAGGAUCUACCAUGACCGAGGACUCUCAGCAGAAGAGGUAGCCGCUCGCAUAGAAGCAGAAUCAUUACUUGUCAGCUACGACAGUGACGACGUAGCGGAUUGGCUUGGGAAACGUCGAGUGACUCAUGUCAUCGAUGACGAAUAG